AUGGAUAGGAUUAGUGAAUUACCAGAUUUCCUGAUUCAACAUGUACUCUCUUUUCUUCCAACUAAAUUCGUUGUUUCGACUACUGUGUUGUCUAAAAGAUGGAAAAAUCUCAGGAUACAUGUACCAACUCUUGAUUUUAGUGAUUGCAAGGAAUAUACUUCUGAUGAUGAAGGGAAGACGGAGAGGUUUAUGGAUUUUGUGGACAGACUAUUAAUCCUUCCCAACAUGUCACCCGUACACAAAUUUCGUCUCGUAUAUGACCGUGAAAAUGGCCACUUUGAUCCAGUACGAGAAAAGGAAUGGAUUGCUACUGCAGUAAAAUGUAAGGUCGAAGAGGUCUUUGUUUCCAUGGGCUAUCCAGAAGACACGUUACCCGACAGCCUCUUCACUUCUGAAUCAUUGAUUAAAUUGGAUAUCCAUUUCCCAGAUGAUAAUGAUUAUUACGAGACCAUGCUAAGUGUUCCAUAG